AUGGCUCGUCAACGCAAGGAAAAGAAGGAAAAGUCCGCCAAGGACAUCAAAUAUGCGCAUCCCGACCGCUCCGCUCCCAGCGAGCAGACCCUCCUCAACUUUGCAAAGCAGCGUGACCUGUUCGCCGAAGCCGACCGUCGACAGCGCCAGGUGGACAAUAACGAGCCUGUCCUGCCUCCCAGAGCAGAGCGAAUCCUCGAGACCAUCUUGUGGACCGUGUCGAUGGCUAUGCUGCACUUUACCUUCGAUGUGCUUGUGCAGCGGCAGUAUGGCAUUGAGGUUCUGUGGAUUCAAAUCGUCCAGCGGACGCUUGUCGCAUGGCUCGUGUUCAUCGGCCUCUUCUACGUGCUACACCCCCAUUACUCGGCCCCAACCUUUGUCCCCUUCGUCCCGAGAGAUUGGCAAGAGCCUCUUCGUCAACUCAUAUUUUUCACCAUGAGUGUUUCCGCCGGCUGCUACAUCAUCUACAUCACCAACGAGUUCGGAUACCUCGCCGUCCUGAAGCAGGCCCCGCCCGUGGGCUGCCUGUGGCUUUGGGCAGUCAUAGAGCUGGACCUCCUCUGGGCUUUCACCAGCCUGCUCAUUGCAGUUGGAUACGGUUGGACGCACGGCUACGGCUUCAAAUAA